UUUAAACAAACUACCAAUAUUUAAUUUUAUUCUAAAUAAAAAAGCCUUUAGUUUUAGACGGAUGGCACCAAGUAAGUUUUUAUUUGCCAUAUAAUGCAUCGGGCUUGGGCUACAGAAGAAACUCUUCUGAAAUGAAAACAACAAAAGACCCGCGGCAACUCGAAUGUUUAAAAAUGGAGGAAAUAAUCAUUCUGUUGUCGUGUUUAUGAUUUUAAAAAGUCAGUUAAGAUAGGUAUUAAAUGGUCUUAUAUGUACAUUAAAAAGUCACUGUGAUGGAGGAGUUUCGGUACACUUACAUAAGACUGGGCAAAGACAACCAUGUAGAGCCACAGGAAUGUGUCCUCAGUUAUUUAAAAAGUUUUGAAUCUACACCCAAGCGUGGCAAAACAGUGCUCAAUUUAUCAACCAACAGCCUAUCCCCCAAAACAUGUCAUGUUUUAGGAAAAGUUAUUGCAACUGAUCGAACCUUUGUGGAGAUAAAAUUUGCUGACUGUAUGCUUAGUGAAGAUGCAGUGAAAGGUCUGAGCCAUGGACUUACCACUAAUUCCUAUUGCAAAAUGCUUGACUUGAAGGGUAACAACAUCAGAGGCAGUGGAGUGGAGGCCAUAGGAAAAAUGUGAGACACAACCACACCAUUCUAAGUAUAUGCCUGGAGUGGAAUGCCUUUGGAUUGUUAGAUAACUCCUUUGCCAUGUUCUGUGAUGGCGUGGGAUCUAACGAUAAUUUACAAGCCCUGGAUCUUCGAAAUAACCAGAUCAGUCAUGACGGAGCUGUGGAGUUAGCCGCAGCACUAAAAAGAAACAAUACAUUACGGG